UUCGGGCCGGUUCCCGUCGGCGCCCGCGCCCCCCGCCGCUGUUGCGGACCCAGGUCUGCGGGCGAUAUGAUGGAAGAAAGCAGUGUGGAGACGCCCCCCGGGACGCCCCCUCCUCCUCCUCCUCCUCCUCUUCCUCCUCCUCUUCCUCCCCUGAGCGGAGCCCCGGGCCUCCCGCCCCCGGCCCCGCGGCCCGGGGGCCCCCCGACGUGGGGGUUCACGGCGGGCGUCUACGACAUCACCCGGGGCCACGCGGGCCGCGCCCCCCAGAGCCCGCUCAUGCCCUCCUUCGCCGCCCCGCCCGCCGCCGGUGAACGGCUCCCCCGGCCCGGACAGGGCUCCCGGCGGGGGGGCGGCGGCGGCGGCGCCCCGGCCCCCGGCCCCGCGGGCAUCACCUUCCCCGACGACCGCGACCCCGGGCAGCCCGGAGGACCACACGGAGGAGGCGGCGGCGGCGGCGGCGGCAUUUGGGAGUUCAUCAAGGGAGUGGCGGGCAGCCCGGCGGUGCGCUCGGCCCUGGACCGCACCAAGCGCUCGGUGGAGAGCGUCAUCACCACCCUGGACCCCGGCAUGGAGCCCUACAUACGGUCCGAGGGCUCGCUGGAGCUGGUGGUGUCGUGCGACGAGGAGGACGAGGAGGCGACGGCGGCGACGGCGGAGGACGAGGAGGCGACGGUGCGGGCGGUGGGGGCCGCCUUCCGCCGCGUCUUCGGCCGCGCCCUGGUCAGCGGCCUCCGCGGCCCCUCCGGACUGGCCCCGCAGCCCGUGGGCUACGCCGCCGCCCACAAGGGGGCCCAGGAGCGCGUGUCCGGCCUGCGCCGGGCCGGGCGCAUCCACGAGAAGCAGGCGGCCGUGGGCGUCCAGCACUUCGUCGCCGAGCUGCUGCCCGAUAAGUGGUUCGACCUGGGCUGCCUGAUCCUGGACGACCCGGCCCGCGGCCUGCGCCUGGAGACCUUCACCCAAGCCACUCCCCUGCCUCUGGCCGCCGUGCGGAAGGCGGAGAGUCUGACCCCGCCGGACUACGGGCUGCGCUGGUCAGGGCUGCGGGUGCCCGUGUCGCGCGUCCUGGAGCCCGGGCCGGACCCCUCGGCCCCCGCGGCCUCCGCCGCCUCCGCCGGGCAGCGGGACUGGCGCCAGGCUCUCACGGGGGUCUCCCGCCACCAGCUGCUGUUCCAGGCCGCCCAGGCCUUGGCCGGAGCCUAUUCCCGGCUGCUGUCCGCGGCCCCCGCCCCGCCCCCCGGGGACCCCCCGGCUUGCCCCCCGUGACCUCUGACCCUCGACCCCUCACCUCGGUGGGCCCCGCGGCCCGGCCGGCUUCUGCUGCGGGGCGCCCCCCCCGUCCGCCCUCCUCUGACCCCUGACCCUUGACCCCUCGCUCCGGU